UCGGGUUGUUCGGCGUUCGGUUCAUCGCCAUCAUCAGCAUCGUGAUCAUCAUCGUCAUCAGCAGCCGCCGUCGUCAGCAGCGCCAUCGCACACCUUGGGAGGCUUGUGCGUUCGGUUCGCGGCAUUCGCGCGUCAGUCUCGUGUCGACGGCGAAGAAGCGCGAAGGUCUGUCUCGGUACCGGGCACACUAGGUACGCCAUCUGUGAAAACGGGCCAGCCAGCAGGGUCACAGUCGUGUUGGAAGGGGGCAGGGCGGCGAGGUGAGUGUGCGCGACGCGAAAAACCUUGCCAUUGUGUUUGUGUGCGUGUGAGUAAAACGAGUUUUUGUUACUCUCGCUCGCUCUCGCGCCUUUCGUUGGUUUGGUGUACUGUGGUGGAAUUUGUGUGUGCGUGAGCCCUAUUUCGCUCGCACUCGCUCGUAGCAGGGUUUGCUUUACACAGUGUGCUGCGCGUGUGUGUUUGUGUGUAGGGCUUUUUUGUAGGCAACAUCUAGCAACCGUAGAUUCGAUCUUGCCUGGUAGUGGAGCACCGUGUGUUCGAGCGCACGCGUGCCUAUGUGUGCGAGUGUACACUAUACGGCGGGUCUGUGUGCGUGCGUGUGUGAGUGAGGGUUGAAGUACGCGCGUUAACAGUGCGAAGAGAAAUCUCAUCCCCCAGUGAGCGAGAGAGUGAAAGGGGGUGGAUGGGCGAGCAAUGUUCGCUCUCUGUUUCACCCGUACGCAGUGGUUGAUGUACUCUGUAAGCGGUGUAUUUGAAUAAAGUAAAUAAAUCGUUUUUGAAAAGAUAUAGAAAAUCACUAUACAUUGGAUAAUAACAUGUGUCCAUAAACAAGUUUAAGUAUAUAGAUGUGUGUGCUUGUGUGUAGUUUAUGCGUCUGUAUGUGAAGUGUAAUUCCACAGCACACGAACACCCUAAGGAAUAAUAAGGAUUACACAAACGCUAAAGGAUUACGAAACCACCCACGGUUCGUAACGUGUGGCCCGUAUUUGCAACAGACACACAUAAAAAACGCACGGAAUGACAAGUGCUGCAGCAAUGAUAAGCGGUGGUGGUGGUGGUGGCGGUUUUGUCGAGGGAGGCACCACAAUCCGGCCUAGCCUGAAGGAUUCACGGACGAGCCUUGUGCCGACGCCAGAGCACGCCGGCAGCACCAGGCGCAGCAGUACGCGAUCACCCUCGUCCUCUUAUUCGUCCACAUCACCGGCCUUGCCUAUGGCCGGUAUGAUGAUGCACGAGCCGGAACGCAUCCGAAGGCGCGGUUCGGGUGCGGGCGGUAACAAGCGGCGGCGCGUCAAGGACUUCAACGACAGCAUAACUUGCACCCUCUGCAAUGGCUACCUGGUCGAGGCGACCAGCGUCAACGACUGUUUGCAUGCAUUUUGCCGAUCGUGCAUCGUGAAAUACCUCGAGUGCAACAAGUACUGUCCCCGCUGCAAGUCGUACAACAGCAAACCGAUUACGGUCGCUAAUUUAAGACCGGAUCGAACACUUCGGGCACUCGUCUACAAGCUGGUGCCAGGUUUGCACAAAUCCGAAAACCAAAGAAUAGUUCAGUUUUAUGCUUCAAUUUCGAGCAACAUCGUCCCAUCGGAGGAGGAUGAUCCGACCGGCCAGGGUACGUUUCAGCUGCUCGACGAUCAAAACUUCUUCUCCCCGGAUGAACCAAUCAGUCUGUCGCUGGAGUAUCAUUAUGAUACGGUGGCAGGGCAUGGUGGCACAUCCAGCGGUCAGCUGCCCAUUACCUAUCUGCAGUGUCCGGCCGCCGUUACCGUGCACCAUUUGUACAAAUUUAUCCUCACGAAGAAUGGGCUGCAGGUCGGCUCGGACAACAUUCGGGUGGAAAUUAUCUACGAGGAGGAGAUCCUGUCGCAUGAUUUCACGCUGAUGGAUGUGGCGUACUGUUUCGACUACAAGCGGAUAGCACCGAUGCGGUUUUUCUAUCGCAUUCUCAUACACCCGACCGCAAAGUUGGCACCGACCGCGAGCGCAUACCAUCGCGUCGAGGGACAGGACAAAAAUAGCACCAAUAGCAGUAACAGUGGUAGCAACCCCGAUACCCCGAACACCGCCACCAACCCCGGCAAGAGUACAGCCGGUAGCACCCCAACGGUAAAAACCACCCCAACUACCGACGGUGUCAAUGGUCAGCGGCCGGGCAACGCGAAAACCAAAUCAAGCCAGGGACAGGAAACUGGUGGCAGUAAAAACCAACCGACUGGUCGCGCCCCACGGGAAGAAACCGCUAAUAAUAGUGUGCCGAUGGCCACUGUUAACGGUAAUCAUCGGACGAAAUCUUCAGCGACGGCUACGGCGACGACCUCGAGUGAAGUGGUUCGGACUACCAACAAAACAUCUUCACCGGUAGUCACCAGCGCAAGCUCGUCCAGCCUAAAAAUUGUUCUGGUACCGAAAGGCAAACACGAAUCAAACGCUGGAACUACUGAUGCGAAACGAAGUCCACCACCUCUGAAGGCAAUACAGUCAGUUUCCGCAGUGAACGGUGGUGCGACAACCGUGAAGCAAUCAUCAUCAAAAGAACCAACUGCUGCCGGCAAGCAAGAGACGACACCGGGCGUAGAAACGGAAAAAGCAUCACCAAACACCGCACUCAAAUGCUACGUGAAUCUUAAAACACAAACCGUCGUUGGUGCACCGUCGUCCUUGGAAAGUGUCCCAUCGAAAGCUGGCGAAAGCGAACCUCCGAAACAACCUCCGGCAGAGAUCCCACGGCUAAAGAUCGAUUUGAAAGCAAAGCUAAGUAUUCCACGGGAAAAGAAUCCGGGUUUGAGUCCGCCAAGCAGUAGCAACUCGUCCGCUGCUACAUCACCCUCGUCGGCCACCUCGGCGACGAGUUCGGCUGGUAAAAGUCCCGUCUGGCCGAUGGGGAAGGAAGAGUAUGCGAAAACGAUCGGUCUAAAGCCGGUGUAUGCGUCCAGCGUAGUACCGGAAGUCAGUCUUAGCGAGUCCACAACACAUUCUUCUUCGCACCGGAAGCGUAAGAAGGGAAAACAUUCGAAAGAAGCCGGUAGUAGUGGAAAACGAAGGAAGUUACAUGCGGAAAUCUCUUCGCAGCAUGACGCAAGUCUGAAGAUGAAGGUAAAGCUUACGGAGAAACCGCCCAAACACGAGCGGCUCAAGUCGUCUGGAAAUGAGGAGGAACCGGCACAACCGAAAUCACCCCGAGCGGUGGUACAGGAACCGGUGCCAAGUCCUCCGAAAUCUUCCAAAGUUAUCGAUAUCACAAAGGAUGAUGAUGAGGUGAAGUUUGUUGCGGAACAGAAGGUGACGAACGCCAAAAGUCCCCCAACGCCAACAGCCGUGGUCCCGAAGGAUAUUCCGGUGAGUGCUCCUGCAACGUCAUCCUCUACCACCACGUCGAAGGAAAAGUUGAACGAGAUGCGAAGUGUACGCCACAAACCGAUGGUGUACAUCCCCAACCUGGACCGUAGUCUCUCAGCGGAUGCAACUGGUGUCGGUUCCUCCAUCAACUCACUGCUGGAGAGUGUUGGGGCGAAGACUCCACUGUUGAAACCGACUCCUGCUCUGAUACCUACCUCAACGGCCGCGUCGGGACUGGGUGGAAAAUCACAACCACGUACACCGAUUCUAUCACGUCCUAUGCCAUCCUGUCCACCAUUGGCAUAUCCGAUAGCCAGUUCUCCUGUCACAAGUUCCACCACCGGGUCCAUCCGUACGAUGGCAGCUCCUCCAGCGAUCAAACGAUCGAUCAGCACGGACAAUGGUAGUGGUGGGCCGGCAAAGGUACCACGCCUUGAGCCACCUACUUUGAUGUCUCCCGUUUCCCUGCUACCUGCCAAACAACCGGCCCCAAUUCAAGCACCUAUGUUCAACUUCGCCAAAGGAGCUAACCGUGCCAAAGCUGCUCAGCAAGCGGCCGGUAUGGUACCCAGCCAACCCGAGCAUAUUCCCUACCGAUCACCGAUCAGUGCGUCCUACACGAAGGAGAUUCCGUCGACGAAGAAACCCGUCCCGAAUCUGCUUCUUCCACCGGCCACCGUUAGCGUUACAAAGAUGUCCGACAUAGUAUCAUCCACACUGUCACCGUCGCCGCUGCACGAUAAUGGGCGACCGGCGGUGGAAUUCCUACGCAUACCAUCAAACGCACCCGUUGCUGAUAAGCCCACGCUUGCCCCGUUCACUACGCCCAAGGUGAGCACAAAAGCUACAAGACCUCCACCGGCUACUAUUCCACUGAUAAAGAUCAAAAAGCCUACGGUACCGGGAAGUAAUGGUAACGAGUCAAUGCAGGGUGGCGUUACUCCGCCGAGCAUGACUCCACUAACACCUCCAAUGCGCCCAAAAGUACCUGUACGAUCAAUCUCCGAUCCAAUGGCAGGUAGUAACGGUAGUAACAUCCUCGAUCUUUCCGGUGGAACAGGACCAAACAGUCGACGGCUGUCCGACGAUGUGAUCAUUCUGGAUCACAGCCCAGUGAAGAGUAUCUCGGAUACAACCAAUCGUUCGCGUGUGGUCGAUAGUAACCGCAGCAAACCUUCGACCGGUGUUCACUUCUCACCCGUCAAACGUUCACCGGAGAUGAUCAACUUCUCAACACCGUCAAGCACAACGGCACUUCUAUCGCAGGCACUACCUCCUGUCCAAAAGACGCUUGCUCCGCUACCGAAGCUAACGGAGAUUAAUCGCCAUCGGAGUUUAACCGUACGACAACCGAACGCCUCCAUUCGCAGCAUUCCCAACCCAUCUGCGCUGGCUUUCCGAGGCACCCAGUCCGGUGUUGCUACAACCGUUUCGAACACUCCCUCCUCCACUACGGUGGGGAUGCUUAUGGCUGGGUUUGCUUCAUCAUCUGCCCAACAAAGUAACGGUAGCUUGACAGGUAGUAACCGAUCGAAUGGUAACGCCAGCAGCACAUCGAUGACAUCUUCAUCAACAACCAUCAAAACCAACACACCAUCGCUUAGCAACGGAUCAGCAAGGCAGCAGCUUACACCAAUAAUGGGUACCAAUGCAACACUAUCGGGCAAUGUACCGUUCAAGGGUACCAAUGGGAACACUGAUCCGAAGAUCCCACACAAUGGUACGAACAGCAACACCACUAACAACAACAACAACAGCAGCAAAGUUGCCAACGCUAACACGGGUCUUGCCACCAAGAAAAAGAUCGAAACGGUAGCGGCCGUUUUGAAAGCAGCUGCUGCCACUGCCGAUACAACAUCCCAGCGCAGUACAUCGGCAACAAUCAGCACAAGUUCUAGCUCGACGACAAGCACCUCUACCAACGCAUCGAACAGUGUUUCGCGAGAUGAAUCGAAAGGAAAGCCACAAAAGGAAGACAACAUAACCCAUGCAUCGGGUGUUACGAUUGCAGCAUCCAGCACGACAACGCCAAACAGCGCUGAUUCGUUGUCAAUGGUAACGGCGUCUGCUGUAAAUCGUGUUAACAGCAACAAAACGCACGCGGAAGGUAUCGUUACGAGCGUUACGACAGCGUCCAUUGCGAGCGUUACUGGUACAAGCUCGAGAAACAGCCCGGCAAGUAUAGUGAACGUGGGAUAAGACGGCUGCGUUAUCUGAUAACGUACAUAGCUGUAGGGGGUAGGUUUUUAUGGCGCCCAAUUAACUCACACACCGACCUUUUCACGUGCAAAACAAAAGAGCUGUUUUGGUUUGGUUAACAAACAGUUAGGUACGGAAUUUUUUUUUCACUGCUGACAUUUGCUUCACAUAAAGAAUAUUACACUUUCUUACCAUUUAACUAGUAUCGAUUUUGCAUACCAAUAAUACACGCAUUUUCUUAUCAUUCCUCAAUAAGCUUGACAUAAAAACCCUUUUCUUUACACUUUACGCUGCAAUAUAUCUAUCCAACAGGGAGCUACGUUUAUUAGUGUUUUUGGGGCUGUAGUAGUAACUCAGUAAAGGAUAUUUAUUUCACUACUAGUUCCCCUAAAGGGAACUCUUUAAGGAAAGAUAAUACCACUUUUAUGGAUACAUGUAUGUAUUUCUAUCACUAUAAGAUGCAGGAUUACGUGUCUCCUCGUAAAUUCAUCGCGUGUAGGUGUAGAGCAAAAUUCAUUUAAAAUGAUACCAACGGUAUGUGCUGGCAUAAAUUGUUUUCAAAGCAGCAAGAACAAAAGACACGAAGGGAACGUGGCACUAAAAAGCAAAACCCCCUUGUUAACAAUGUAUCCAAUGCGAUAGUUCCGACGCGAGUACAACUCACAACUACAGAAAGGAAGAAAACAAUGGAAAUUGAGCACAGUAAAGGACAGUAAAACAGAAAAAGCGAGAUAGAAAGCGUGUGUAGGUGUUUAAUUUCCCAAGGCAGUGAGUGGUCUAGUAGAGCCACGCUAGCGACAAACUGUUAAGCGCGGACUGGUGGGGCAUGGUGGCACGGAUGAUGAUGUUGAUGGUAGCCCUGUGCAUACGUGUAAAUAAACGACUUACGUCCGAGUUGAUGUCGUUUGUUGGCGAACCUGAAGCAUAAUAAACAAACCGGUGGAGCUUAAUCCGGGGGAGGCUUUGGGUGGAACAUCGUAAAACGGGAGCGAGAAAGUAUCGCGAAUAAAGCGUCCAUGUAGCGCCCUCGUUUUCUAGCCACCCGUGUACCGAGAUGUGCUUUUGUGUCUCACUUUAGCUGGCUUCGUGCUCGGAAGCGUAGGUACGUGGGAUAUAUGUACGGUUUGCGCUGCGAAUAUUUAAUUACCAUAUUUAGCAGCCGAUAUUAAAGCGAGACGUUUUUAAAACGAACCAUAAACAAAUACAAACUGGUAGAGUCAAUAAAUUUAGUAAAAACAUAGAAGUAGUAAAAAAAGAGGAAAAGAAGAAACAAAUGUAAAUAGAAAAAAAUGAAUGGUAAAUGUAUUACAAAAAAAGAAGAAAAAAGUAGAAGAAAAGAACAUUCAACAAAAAAGUAAAUGAUAUUCAGUGACAUAAAAGGUAAAAAAGAGAAGCAGCCAAAAGAAGCCAGCCAGUUCAGCAUUAGUUUGAUGAACUUUAAAACUAAAGUCACAUGCCAACGGCAAGCUUUUUCUUCUCUUCAUCCCUUUGUUCUCUCGCGCUCCCUCCUUCAUCCGUUAAUGUUUCAAACUACCACCAUCAUCAUCAUCAUCAGCGUUGGCGUGGCAAGCAAUCACGACGCGUUUCCCCAACAGCCAUGCGAAGAUGCGUGGCAUAUUGAAAAAAAAAGCGGGAAGAACGUACAGCUAGAUUGAUAAUUGAAGCAAAUGGAAAAAUUAUUAACCCAUCUCUUACCUCCCUUCUUCCUUUCACCCAUCGCUUCGAACAUUUGGUUGGAUUCGAUGAGUGAUAUGCUGGUGAAAGGUGGCGGGAAAGAAGAAAAUUUCAUUUACGGAAUGCUUCAUACGCGAACCAGCAUGCAGAUUGAACCGGGUCAUGCACAACCCAACAAACGAAAGAAAAAAAAGAAAAGAACUCGUACAGAGGCUGGGAAAAGCAAUCACUUCACCGUGAAGAGAAUGACGAUCGUUUUUAACUCGAGCCGAUUAUUGCUGCAGGCUGCUUGUAGGCUGGUGGGAGCAAGAAAACAGAAAACAUGAAACAGUGACAGAAGGGCAUGCGUGAAAAGUAGGAAUUGGCUAUGAAAUUUAAUUUUACACCAUAUGAUGCAUGAUUUAUUGGAAGUGGUGGUGGCGUCAAUUCGGAAACAAUGUUUCAUUUCGUUGACGCCAAAAAUGGAAAAGAAAAACAAUUAUUAUUAAUACGUGUUUUUGUUUAGUGUGGAAGAGUUUUAUGUUGAAUGUACAAAUUUAACAUGUUUGAAACUGUUUUUCAAAACCUUCGUUUUAUUUAUUGCACACUAGAUUAAUUAUGUGGUAAAGGGGAUAUUUAUGUAAAAAAAAAAACAGAAAUCUCCAGUGUCGUAGUAUAAGCUUUUGUUGAUUAAUUUUGUCUUACUAAGACAUUUAUGUACAGGUGGGUUUUUUGUUUCCAUAUACUUUGGUUGUUAAACAAAACGAUUACACUUAUUUCGGGGGAUAAAUAGUUAUAAAACAAUAUAAAAAUAUUCAGUAAACAAAUUAUGCCUAAAUAAACCGGAGGCUAGUGUGCUUGUAUUUUAGUGCAAUACGUAGUGGAAAUGCAACAAAUGACAGUAGAAACAGAAAGCGUUAAGCAUAACGAAACAUGGUGUGAGAUAACGUGCAAGAUAACAUUGAUAUUAUGAUAUACGCUCAGGGUAGAUGAUGAAACCAUCAGUUGCUGGCCAGCAUAUUCAUUGGAAGUAAAAGCAAACUGAUGUAAGUUACUAGAGGAUAAACAGAAGACAAAAGCAAAAAGAAGAGAAAAAAAGGUUUAAAACAGAAAAGAAAAGUAGAAAAGUUGAAUAAAAUAAGAAACAAAUUGUAAUUGAAGAAAAAAGAAACAAAAGUAUAAGAAAAGAUAGUAAAGAAAACGGGAAAAAGGAACAUGAAUAAAUAUUACAGCAAUUACAAUGUAGCAAAGCAAACGUGUAGCCAGUAAAACAGUCAGAAUGAAGCAAUGUGCACAUGUAACUAUUGCAUACAGUAGUCACAAAACAAUAUGUCCAGUGUAAAAUGUAACCAAAACCACAAACACAUAUAUGUACAACGUCUGUACCGAGGACACACGGUGUACACGUUUCCAUGUCCCCAUCUCUACGUAUAUAUGAAUAAUAAACAUCAAAAGGAAAAUACGAUAAUCAAUAUUUAAACAUAUCGGA